AUGAAAAAAGAAGCAAAAGGUUCGUUAAAAAUUUUAUUAACAUUUGAAGCUUCACAGCUUUCUUUCAGAUCUUGCGGCCUUGAAAUCAAAACUCUGAAUUCGACUCUUUAUGAAAAUUCUCGCAUACCAAAUUUCAGAAAAUAUGAAUUAGCGAGGGUGGAACAUUUGGGUAUAACAGAAAAUAUUUUAGAAAAGUUUCGUCUUCAUCUCAGAGAAGAUGUCAAAAAUGUUGAUCACCAUAAUAACAAUAAUAAUAAUAAUAUUUAA